AUGGCUUCCGAAAGCUGGCUUAAUAUACGCAAAGGUUCUCAUUUCUCGUUAGCAAACAUACCCUUUGGCAUCGUAACAACGCCCGCAUCCCCCGAUCCUCAUGCCGGCAUAGCUAUCGGAGACUACGUCCUUGAUCUAUACUUGUUUGCGACGCACGGCGGCUUCUCCUACCUGGAGGCAUUCUCCCCAGAACAAGUUGCAUUAUUUUCUCAGCCUACGUUGAACCAAUUUGCUGCUGCUGGCCAAGCAUUCCACAAGCAGGUUCGGAGUUAUUUGCAAGAUGUCUUUUCGUCAGUCACCACUGUUCCCCAGGCUCUAAGGAACAACCAGGCUGUACGAGACACAGCAUUGUUUCCCAAGGAGGAUGUCAAGGUUCAUCUUCCCAUGAAAGUGACUGGUUACACGGAUUUCUUUGCCGGUAAAAACCAUGCAUACAACUGCGGCUGCAUUUUUCGUGACCCCCAGAAGGCGCUACAACCAAAUUACCUUCACCUCCCUGUCGGAUAUGGUUCGCGGGCGUCAUCCGUUGUUGCGUCUGGCACCCCGAUCCGGCGUCCUCUAGGUCAGUACUUGGCCAACCCUGGAGACGAGAAAUCUGUCUUUGGACCUUGUCGAAACCUGGACAUCGAGCUUGAAUUGGGUGCCUUCUUGUGCAAAGGGAACACGAUGGGCGAACCAAUUCCUAUCGAUAAGGCCGAAGAGCAUAUCUUCGGCUUUGUUCUCUUAAAUGACUGGUCGGCCAGGGAUAUUCAAGCUUGGGAAGCAGUGCCUUUGGGUCCAUUUAAUGCCAAAAACUUUGCCUCCACAAUUAGUCCAUGGGUUGUAUUAAAGGAUGCUCUAGAAGCGUUCCAUGUCCCCGGCAUUCCCAAUGACACUGAAUUGCAUCCUUAUUUACGCCAGGAACGCCAGGAUAAUGUAUAUGACAUCAAUCUCCAGGCGGAAAUCAAAAGAACCAUCAGCGGCACAGAGCCGGGCAGCUUAGGCUCGUUACUCGAGGCUUCCCUUGGUGGGAAACAGACAUAUGCAAUUUCGAGUGAUAUACAUCGAAAAUUCUUGGAGGAUGGAGACACAAUUACGAUUCGUGGCUGGUGUGGCAAAGACGACUCGAAUUUGAGAUUCGUGGUAGCAAAUUCCUUCGAAUCUAUCAAGCAGCUUUGGAUAAACAAUCAAUCCAGCCUAAUCUCUCGACCGACACUACACACAUUCCACAGAGUUCUAUCUUCUUCUCAAGGUUUUACUAUUGGUACAUCGCCAUGGGAUGAAUCCUGCAAAAGGCGACGAAAAGCUGCGGCAACAGCCCUAAAUCGGCCUGCUGUUGCCUCAUACAUGCCAUUUGUGGAUCUAGAGUCCUACGUCAGCAUUAAAGAACUCGUUGACCAGAUUCACUCCGGGGAGCAGCGAAGUCAAACUGAGAAGGAUUUCAAAAAAGCAGCCAACUUCCAGGUCGAUAUCGAUCCUUAUCCGCUCUUUCAACGCCUGGCACUUAAUCUUAGCCUUACUCUUGGUUAUGGGUUCCGCAUUGAUGGGGGUGCUGAAGACCACCUGUUGCGAGAGAUAAUCACUGUCGAGCGCGGAAUCAGCACGCUUAGAAGCACGAGCAAUAACUGGCAAGAUUUUGUGCCGCUGCUAAGAAUCUUUCCCAGGCGCAAUGACCAGGCAUCUGACCUAAGACGCCGCCGUGACAAGUACCUCGAGUUUCUGUUACAGAGACUGAAAGAUCGCAUUUCAACGGGGACAGAUAAGCCGUGUAUUACUGGCAAUAUCAUGAAGGACCCAGAUUACAAACUAAACCACGCCGGUGGUCUGGACACAACUCCAGCAUGCAUUCUACUCGGCGUGGCAAUUUUGUCUGGUCCGCAAGGUCAAUAUUUGCAGCAAAAACUGCUCGACGAGAUCAACAAAGUCUACCAGGACGGUAGUGCGUGGAAGAAAUGUCUCGUUGAAGAAAAAGUUGAAUACUUGGCCGCCUUUUGCAAGGAAGUUCUACGCUUCUGGACCGUUAUUCCAAUGUCACUGCCGCGGGUCAGUAUUAAAGACGUGGAUUAUAAAGGCGCGUGCAUUCCAGCUGGAACUACAUUUUUAAUGAACGCUUGGGCAGCUGAUUUUGACUCUGAACACUUUGAAUCACCUCUCGAAUUCCGCCCGGAGCGCUUUCUCAAUAUCCCGGAAGGAUCAGGAACUCAGCAUUUUGCCUUUGGAGCCGGGUCUCGAAUGUGCACAGGUUCACACCUCGCAAAUCGCGAGAUGUACAUUACCUUUAUGCGCAUCAUUAUCGCGCUCGAAGUGUUGCCAGCACAGGACCCGGCUCAGAGGCCCAUUUUGACUGGGCCGUUAGAGUGUAAUGCGAAUCCGUCGGGCCUGUCAAUUGAGCCGAAGAAGUUUUCCGUUGGUUUUCGUGUUAGAGAUGAUGAUAAGCUGAGGCAGUGGUUUGAGGACUCGGAGAUGGCGACGGGCUUUGAAGGCCUAUCGUUAGCCCAGGUUAGGCGUGCCUGCACCGAAGCGAGGAGCAAAGCAAUGAAAGAUUGGGGCCGUGAGAACGUCGUUCAGGGGACUCACCGGCGAGGAAGAGCCUAUUGGAUGCCGCGAGGAUGGGCAUUAGAUAGGGCUGCUGGGAAAGCGCCAAAGCGCCUAGCCAGCCGUUACUACCAGUUGAAGACCGGACACGCCCCAAUAGGCUCAUAUCUGCGCAGAAUUGGUGCCCGGGACUCCCCGGAGUGUAGGGCCUGCGGUGCACUAGAAGAGACAGCUGCCCACGUCCUCUUUGAGUGCCGUCGGCGCUCCAAGCCUAGAAAGGCCCUCUAUCGGGAGCUUAUUGACGCUGGAGUCCCCUUACCUACGGCGGCGGAGGAUGCCCCAGAGGCACGUCUAUUUAGUGAGCCCAAGGCCACACCGGCGCUGCUCCGUUUCCUCGGGGGCGUGGACCUCUUUAGGGAUACUGCUCGUGCCGCCAAAGAAGCAGAACUAGGGGAUCAAUGGGGRUGGGAAGCCCUAAGGGAGUGGGAGGACGAGGGGGUUGGAUAG